AUGUGCAGAGCGUUAGUUGAUUCUGGGGCUGGCAGCUCGUAUGCAUCUGCAAAGUUGGUAAGUGUCCUUGGCAUGAAACCUGCUGACAUAACAACAAAACAAGUGGACAUGCUCCUGAGUAGUAGUGUAGAACGUCUGGAGACCUAUGCAACUAAAGUGGAGUCCCUCGAUGGAGAGUUUGGGGUUGAUAUCCAAGAUGGUGACACGAAGGCUCAGCUUCCAGUACAUGUAGUUCUUGGGGAGGAGUAUGCCAGAAUAAAAACAAAGAAUCGUCCCCGAAUAGGUAAAGAUGGCGAACCUAUCGCGGAGUUGACCAAGCUGGGAUGGUUCGUGAUGUCCCCUGGAAAAGAAUUUGAUCACAAUCAUAUGUUACUAACACAAACCACUCAAAAGGAUUAUGAGAAGUUGUGCCGGUUGGAUGUUUUAGGACUUGCCGACACCUCAGAACACGAUCAAACCUCAGUGUAUGGAGAGUUUAAGGAGCAAUUGGUCAGGAGUUCAGAAGGUUGGUACGAGUCUGGUCUACUGUGGCGAGUUUACGAUGCAUCCGCUCGAGCGACUCCAAGUGCUCCAUCCUUGAAUGAUUGCCUUUACCCAGGCCCGCCGUUACAGAAUAAGCUUUGGAGCGUAUUGGUUCAUCAUCGUUCAUUUCCAGUUGCACUUUGUGGCGAUAUAGAAAAGGCAUUCCUCCAGAUCCGAAUAAAAGAACAAGAAAGAGAUGCCUUACGGUUUCACUGGAAGAGUGACAGUCAACCUGAACCCUUGACAUAUAGAUUCACAAGAGUCGUCUUCGGCCUAACUUGCUCCCCAUUUCUGCUUGGGGGAGUGCUAGAGCAUCACCUAGAAACUUGGAAAACAAAGAUGCCAGAUAUCGUUGAGGAACUGAAGAAAUCUAUGUAUGUCGACGAUCUGCUUAGUGGGGGACAAACAGUAGACAAAGCCAAGGAAAGGAAAAGGAAAUCAAUCGAUGUAUUCAACGACGCCAAUUUCAAUUUACAUAAGUGGAACUCAAAUGCCCAUGAGCUUGAAGCAGAUGAAGAAGAAAAGGAUGAUGAAGAAGAAACUUUAGCAAAACAACAACUUGGAACUAAAUCUGGAGAAUCUAAAGUGCUGGGACUAGAAAUCGGCAAAACGAAACGUGAAGUACUGAGUAGAUUGGCUCAGGUUUAUGACCCUUUGGGAAUUACAUCACCCUUAAUUCUAGAGGGAAAGAUAAUUUAUCGUGAUAUCUGUAAGGAGAAGCUCUUGUGGGAUGUACGGCUAAGCCAUUCUUUGAAGUAUCGAUGGGACUGCUGGGAGAGCAAUCUUCCGUGUGAAGUAAGUGUUCCGCGAUCAUUAGCUGGGUUCCGAGAACCAAUCAAGUCUUUAGAGCUGCACGCAUUCGGGGAUGCUAGCACACAAGGUGUAGGAGCUGCAGUGUACUCAGUUAUUCAUCAAGAAUCGGGAACUACUCAAAUUCUAGUUGCUGGUAAAAGUCGUCUGGCAAAAGAGGACCUAACUGUUCCACGGCUAGAACUUGUGUCAGCCCACAUGGCAGCGAACCUUCUUGUGAAUGUGCGAAACGCUUUGGAUCAUUUGUCACGGCCGCAAAGUUUUGCAUGGCUAGACAGCACUGUCGCCUUGCAUUGGAUACUUGGACGGGGCCAGUAUAAGCAGUUUGUCUCAAACCGUGUCCGUAAGAUACACCAACAUCCUGAAAUAAAAUGGCGAUAUGUACCCACAUCCGAAAAUCCUGCAGAUUUGGCCAGCAGGGGUGGGAAAUUAAAUCAGACGUGGCUCUACGGUCCAGAAUGGUUAUCUGAUAUGAGCAGAUGGCCAACUAAUAUAACCACAACUCCAACUACUGCAACAGAAGCAGAAGCGACAGUCUCCCAAAAAAGUAUCGCAAUGACAACAAAACAGUACAGUGGUGAUGUUCUGGAACAGUUAUUAAGAAAAUGCUCACUUAAACGAGCUCUAAGAGUGUCGUCAUGGCUCUUCAGGUUCGUAAACAAUUGUACACAAGGGGAAAAGAGAACAGGACCAUUAUCCUUUACCGAGAUUGAAGAGGCUAAGAUGAAAUUUGUCAAACAAGCCCAAAAGCAAGGUCAAUUACAACCAAAGUACGAGCAACAAUGCAAAGAACUUAAUCUUACGCGCAAUACAGAAGGGAUUUUAGAAUGUCGUGGCCGAAUUGUGGGUCAGUAUCCUAUCUACCUUCCCACAGAUUCCUUGCUAGCUCAAAGAGUAGUGGAAAAGUUGCAUCGUGAAACGUUACAUGGAGGUGUUGGAUUGACAAUGGCUGCUGUAAGAGAGACGUAUUGGAUACCGAAGUUAAGAAGCCUUGUAAAGAAAGUUAGAAAGGAGUGUUUUGGUUGUAAAAGAUAUCGAGCGACAUCAGUUCCCACACCCUCCUGGAAAGUUACCCGAGGACCGGACUUGUGGCGAAACAGCGUUCGAGGUGAUUGGCGUAGAUUUCGCGGGACCAAUACGUUACAAAGGGAAGUCAAGCAAGGAUUGCAAAGCUUUGAAACGGUUCAUUGCUCGGAGGGGAAGACCCAGGAAGAUCUAUUCAGACAAUGGGGGCACGUUCAUAAAACUGCGAAGUGGAUAGAUAGUUUACGAAAGGAGGAACGUCUUCAAGGUUAUUUGGAGGAAUUCGACAUUAAAUGGCAGUUUAACUUGUUCCGAGCACCAUGGUGGGGAGGACAGUUCGAGCGGCUGAUAGGAAUUGUCAAACAAGCAAUGUAUAAGGCAAUUGGAGGCGCAAAUCUGAAGUGGGAAGAACUGUGUGAAGUGAUACUUGACGUUGAAGUGCAAAUCAAUAGAAGACCGCUCAGUUAUGUUGAAGACGAUGUUCAACUGCCGGUGUUGACACCCAAGCUCUUUUUAUUCCAGAGAUCCAAUCAUCUGCCAGAACAGAAAUUAUUGGUCGAAAGUGAUCCGGACUUACGUAAGAGGGCAAGAUACUUGAAAUCUUGCAAACAAGCCUUGUGGAAAAGAUGGUCGAAAGAAUACCUCACUGCACUGCGAGAACGACAUAACAUGAGUCAUGGGACUAAAAAGUUCAUUGUAAACGUAGGAGACGUCGUGCUGAUCAAAUCCAACGAAAAGAAUAGAGGGAAAUGGCCUCUUGGGAUCGUUAUAGAGACAUAUCCAGGAAGAGAUGGAGUGAUACGUGGGAGCCAUGAAGAGAGACCUGAUCUUAAUCCAGACGCUCAACCAUUCAAGCCAAAGCGUAAGGCAGCUGAAAAUGCAGCGGGGAUCAUCAAAUCGAUUGCUGACGAAGAAAACGAAGAGAUUUGA